AACUGGUUGACUUUCUAGGUGACCUUCAGAGCCUCAUAUUACUUUCAGCCCUUUGAAUUUCAAUUUCGAAUUUGUUUCAGAUGUUGAGUGUUCCACGUCCCAGAUUUGUCUGUCUCUUAGUUGUACUUUUCGUCGCAACCUCAUUUGUAUCAUGGAGACGUUUUGAUAAGAUUCAAAUCUUACGACAGCCUUACCCUUCGAGAACUGGACAUCAAAAGCAAAGUCAUGGACUGGAAAUGCAUAUCAGUGAUGUCGAAAUCGAUGAUACAAAUAGGCAUGCAUCUCCAAGAACCUCAAAGAUGUCAAUUGUCAACCCUGAACUUGGGUACCGACUUAAUGAAACAAUCACAGUGAAGAUUGUACUAUUCGACCACAAGAACAGAAUGAAAACCCGAGGUGGAGACAUGCUCAUUGUAUGGAUGCGAGACCAAGGAAAAGGAGCAGCCUCAGCCGGAACUGUUACUGACCAUGGUAACGGGACAUAUACUGGUACCCUGCCCAUCUUGUGGACCGGACAAGCUGUCAUCCGUGCAGCAAUGGUGGCUUCCAGCGAAAAAAUGGCUUUUGCAAACAGGGAAUUUAGACACGGAUACCGUGGAAAGAUUCUAAUAUGCAUAUUUAAUACAACUACAUUAACAGAGACUACCCCGGGGCACAUGGAAAGCAGAUUACUGAACAAGGGCAAAGUUUGUAAUUUAACAGAUAAACAUUAUGGUGUUCCAUUGUAUUGUGAUAGACCAAAGAAGAGAGGAAUUCAGUGCGACCACUGGACAGGUGUCAAUUCUCUGAAAUAUGUAGGAUUAAAUCAAAAGAAUAACAGCAAAUGGUAUUUUUCAUCGGCCGGCCCACAGAUUCUUCCCGAUGUUGUCCGAGUCAAUAUUUCAACUGCGCAAGACACAUCGCUGUCGGCAAAGAUUCAGUGUAGCAGGGCAAGUGUCCGGAGUUCCUGGGUGUCAAAACCUGUAGGCUUCUUUUAUAACUCCACCUGGCAUCCCCUGGAGUGUUUUAUCGACGUCAGUGUUAAGGACUACAACCGCUGCCUUACCAACAGAACUCUCAGAAUGUUUGGUGAUUCGACGUGUAAUGUCAUUACCCAAAUCAUGUUCUUCCUGUACACCAGUAACAGAAGGGUUGUGGUUACAGUUCAGGAGAUCGGAGUAGCACAUCCGCCAAGUAUCAAUGGCAACAGUCUCAUCUGA